AUGGCGAGCAAACACCGACGCCAACGGAGCACGGGUAGCAUGCUGAAUGGUAGCAUCACCAAUCUCUUUCAAAAGACCCUGAAUCCAGCGCAUCACAUGCGGGGACGCAUUGUCAAGAAAGCAGCCGGAGUAGUGGACGAGUACGUGAAUGACAUGUCCAGCAAGGCACCCUUCUUGUGCGAGUCUACUACUACUAGCACUAGCAGUAGUAUUCCCUUGUUGGACCACAACGAAUUGGUGAUUGGCAAAUUGUUGGGUGAAGGAGGCUUUUGUCAAGUCUGGGACGUUUCGGGGAUUGUCCUUCACACAGACAAUAACAAUAGCAACAAUGGCCAGAAUGAGUGGCGCAAUCAACAAGAUGCCCGUCAGCAAUUGGCACAAUGCGCCAAACAACAGCCACUGGCCGUGAAACAACUCCGCAAACGCUUGACCAAAUAUCCUCCACGGUUCACAUUGGCGUGUGCCGAUUUGGUGACGGAAGCCCAGUACUUGUCGAAACUGUCUCAUCAUCUCCUCUGU